GUAAAUUUUUAGUGUUCUCCCCAGAAUGUUGACCCUUAGAUGUCCCACGGAAUAUGGGCGUUUAGGGUUUUGAUUUGUCACUCGUUUGAUCAUGAAAAGGUGGAGUUUUUUUAGACGUUAGCUUUCCUUUUCCUCAUUCCGAAUGUGCUGUUUGGGGGUUAUUGGUGGUUGGAAUUAGUGGGGUAGUGGUAAUUUUUUCCCUAAUAAAUUACCGGUGUAAUUAAUUGGGUCGUGAUAUUGUUCUAACAAUCGAAACGGUGUUUUUUUUUUGCGAUUUUUCUGCUGUGUUUGGGAUAAUAAAGAUGAUGACUUUUUUUCUUCCGAGGUGCGGUUUAGGUUUUGAUUUAAGGAAAUUAAACUUGUGGGUUUUGCUUGGAAGAUACACAUAUUGUUUUCGUGAAAAGCUGAACACUUUUGAUGUCUCCACUUUGCUUUGUUGCUACUAGUGAAAAUCUUUGGUUAUGUUGGUAUUGGGGUUGUCUCCAGUUUUGUUUUUUUUGGCUCUACACAAUUGUGGUUUGCAUGAAAUGUGCUGUGUUUUCUGUUUAAUAUUUGUUUGUUCUUUUUGGGUUAGAAUUUUGGGCAUUCCCACUGGGUUUUGUUUGGAAUGGAAGCUUCAACUUUGAUUCGUGAAAACAUAAGCAUUAAAACAUGUACUACUUGCUUUAUUUACCACUGAUGUUAUGUAUGCAAACGGUUUUUGUUCUCAAGUUGUUUAUGUGUGCGAAUUCAUCUGCAUCUAAGUAACUGGUAUUUUGUAGGUAUUUAGUGUUUUUCACUGUGUCUGUUCUGAAUACUUCAGGGAAAGGAAACUAUUCAUGGCAACUGCAACUAUGGCCACUGCAGCUGGUGCAGCUGCUCUGUUGUACUAUACAUUGAAUAAAAAACUACAGAUCUCUAAAGAAGACGAUGAAGAAUCUGAUAGUAGUAGUGUGGUAAGUCAAACCCGUUUGGGGAUCGAUAGAGUUUCAAAUCGUCUCAUACAAGCCCCCGCAACAUGGUUGGAGACAAUUUCGACGUUAGCAGAGACAAUGAGGUUUACAUAUUCUGAGACUCUAGGCAAGUGGCCUAUUGGCGAUUUGGCUUUUGGCAUCAGCUUUCUCUUAAAGAGGCAGGGAAAUCUCCAUGUCGGAAGUGUAUUUGGCGGGAAAGAUAGUUUUGAGUUGAAAGGGCCCGACAUUGCUGCUGAGCUCAGACAUCUUUUGAAUUUGUUGAUACUUUGUUGGCAUUUCUCAAAGAAACCAUUUCCAGUAUUUCUGGAGGAGACGGGGUACUCACAAGAUAAUGUUCUUCUUCAAGAGCCAAAAGCUGGAAUACUGAAGCCAGCUUUCACUAUCCUUGUGGACCAAACUUCAAAAACAUUCCUCUUGUUGAUUCGUGGAACGCAUAGUGUUAAAGAUACCUUGACUGCUGCAACCGGAGCGGUGGUACCUUUCCAUCAUUCGGUGAUGCAUGAAGGAGGAGUCAGCAACUUGGUUUUGGGUUAUGCCCAUUGUGGGAUGGUGGCAGCUGCUCGGUGGAUUGCUAAACUAGCUACUCCUGUUUUACUUAAGGCACUUGAAAAUUAUCCAGAUUACGAACUUAAGAUUGUUGGACAUUCUUUGGGUGGUGGUACUGCCGCACUCUUAACAUUUGUACUGCGUGAACAGAAGGAACUGUCAAAAGCUACCUGUGUCGCAUUUGCUCCAGCGGCUUGCAUGACAUGGGAAUUGGCUGAAUCUGGCAAUGACUUCAUUACGUCUGUAAUAAAUGGAGCUGACCUGGUGCCGACGUUCUCUGCUGCCUCUGUGGAUGACCUGCGUGCUGAGGUAACAGCAUCAGCUUGGUUGAAUGAUCUUCGAAGUCAGAUUGAACGCACUAGAAUCCUCAGUACUGUUUAUCGUUCUGCAUCGGCCCUGGGUUCUCGUCUUCCAUCUAUGGCAAGUGCCAAAGCGAAAGUCGCUGGUGCUGGUGCAAUACUACGCCCAGUGUCUAAUGGAACACAGGUGGUGAUGAAGAGAGCCCAUAGCAUGGCUCAGGCUGCACUAUCACGACCUGCGAUGCAUUUGUCUUCAUGGUCAUGCAUGGGUCCUCGUCGACGUGCAACAAAUAGUCAAAUGAAGAUCGAUGAAGGGAGAGACUCAUUGGAAUCCUCUGCACUGCGUGGAGAAACUUCUGAUGAAACCACUAGUAUUGUCGAAAGCUCUGAACUCCCUGUAUCUACAUCUGAGCGGACAAUGUGGAGUUCAGAAAUUUGCACCGAUGACAUGACAUCUGAUGUUCAUACUUUCGUUGAUGAUGGGGAGGAUGUACUGGAUCAUGACAGACAUCAAGAUCGUAUGACGGAGGUUGAGUUGUGGCAGCAACUUGAGCAAGAGCUUUAUGAUCAUGAUGAGAGUGAGGAGUCUGAAGUUGUGAAGGAAUUUAGGGAAGAAGAAGCAGCAGCUAUUGCCGAGGCGAGUGACACAGAGUCUGAAAGUUCAGUUCCAAAUACGACGGAGGUGCACAGAUUUUUCCCUCCUGGAAAAAUAAUGCAUAUUGUGACUCUCCUUUCUGAUGUGGAGCACGAAGGUGACAGCAGUACUUCUAGUAGUAGUGGCUCAGACGAUAAUGAACCGGCAGAGCCUAAAGUUGGAAUUUUUCUCACGUCCAGGACGUUGUAUAGUAAGGUACGAUUGUCCCACACCAUGAUCGCAGAUCAUUUCAUGCCAGUUUAUAGAAGACAAAUGGAGAGGUUAAUAAAGGAACUCGAGGAAGAAGGCUCUGAUAACCAACAUCAUAACAGAGAAGCAGGAGAGACUUCAUAGUGUAAGAGUGUACUUUUAGUUUAUUCUUAGGAAAAUUGAUGCAGGCAUUAUUUUGACCCAAGACUGCUGCUUUCCAAAUUUUUUCUCAUUGGGAAUUUUUGGAAUUCCUUGUGGUAUUUGCAUGAUUUUUGCAAGACACAGAGGCAAAGUAUAAGUUGCGAAUGUAAAAAUCCACCUGGCGCUGGAUCACUCUCCCUGCAAAAUGGUUCUUGAGUAAAGUGAUCUAAGCCCGAAUUUUUGAGGGUCCAUCCCCUUGUAUAUAUUUUAACUUAAAAUUUGAUUCAUUUUCAUCUUUCAUUCGGAAAA